ACAAAUUGAUUUUUGUAUGGAUACAUGUAGAUCAAUAUCCAUACAAGAAAAUCAGAUUCACUGAAUCGGUCACAAUUUGUUAGUCCAAUUUUAAAAUUGACUUGACCAUAAAGUACGAGAAGGGGAAAGGUGGAAGAGAGAAAAUAAGACAAACAAAAGGGGAAAAAGAAAUACGAGCGGAGGGAAGAAGAAGGAAGCUUCGUAGGGCAAGAAAGUUAGAGCUGUGAGAGAGAAGAGGAGUGAAUGUGGGGCUUUCUUCUGCUUCUGCUUUCCUUGUAGUUCCGUCUUUGGUGAAUUGAAUGCCGACCCAUAAAACAAGCGCCACUCACCACCGCCCUCUUCCCCCAAACUCCAACUGACUUCCCCCCUCGGCCCUCCCUGCCUGUUAUUUUUUGUCCUACAAACAAAUAUUCGAGAGAGAGAGAAGAGAGAGCGGCUGCUGGCUGUAACUUCCGCCUUCCUCUCUGUUGUAUCGCUGUCUGCAACCAAGCUUCCUUCUUUCUCUCCUCCAAAAUUUGAUAUUUGAUCAAAUCGCCCCCCUUUUCCUCAGAAAGAUAUCACAUUCCGCCCCUUGAAUCCCCCCAUCGUAGAAUCAUCAAAACCUGUUUUCCUUCUCCUUCAUCUGUUUUCGGUUCAGAUUUCUGUUUCGUGGUUCUGGGUUGAGGUUUUCCCGGCUCCUUUUCUCACAGGUAAACUUCCUUCCCUUCCCUGCCUGUUGCUGGCUUGCUGCUUCCCUUAUUCUUAUUCUACCAAUCGAUCUCUUGAUCCGCCGACUUGGGCUUUCUGUAAUGUUUUCUGGCCUCUAAGGUUUCCGCUUUAACGUUCUCCCCCUUCCAAUGUUGAGUCCUGUUACUUUCUGAUGUUUCUGAUAAGCCGGUGGAAUUUUUCUUUUUCUUUUAAUGCACCAGAAUACUUAACUGGCAUCUGGGUUCUGGAUCUUUUGGUUGAAAGUUUCGUACUUUGGUUUCUCUGUUUGUCCAAUUUCCCUCCAUUGCCGUUUUCUCCUAGAUGUUGAGAACAUCUCUCUGCAGAGGUUUAUCUGCUGGUUCAUGUUAUUAGUUGUCUGUUGAUAUUGUUGUUGUCCCUUCAUGAAGCUGUAUGCAGGAUUUUGAAUCUCUUAUAUUGUUCCUUUCCUUCUCAUGUUUCCCCGUUUUUUUUUUUUCCUCUUCAGGUUGAAUCUUGUGUUGAAAGCACUGUUUCUCCAUGGGGGAGGCUCCAGCUUUCUACGCUGACAACCUGCAGAAUGGUUUUGACAUAAAAACAAUCAAAGCCUGCGAAACGUCCAUUAGCAUCCAGGAUAAAACAUAUGUCAUUGGUAGUAGCGAUGACGCCUUCGUGGUUCGGAUCUGUGAUCAAACUACUGGGAAUUGGAUCAUUCCUACCAUUCACGGAACAAAACCAAAGCCAGGUAAAGGCUAUUCAGCUGUGGCACUAAAUGAAGAUCGAAUCGUGAUGGUUAAGAAGGGAUCUUCUUCAGAUGACUGCAUCUGGUUUCUUGAGGUGGCCACUCCAUAUGUCAAGGCGCAGAAACAUAUUCUGGGCAAUGAGGUUGUAGCCUGGAGUAAAGGUGUAAGAGGCAAUGCAGAGGUACCAAUUGUCAUCAGUGGUCCUUCUGGAGUAGGAAAAGGAACAUUAAUAUCGAAACUCAUGGAGGAAUUCCCAUCCAUGUUUGGAUUCUCUGUGAGUCACACAACCCGAGCACCAAGGGCCAUGGAGCAGGAUGGUGUGCACUACCAUUUCACUGAAAGAGCUGUUAUGGAAAAGGACAUCAAAGAUGGAAAGUUCCUCGAGUUUGCCUCUGUCCAUGGUAACCUUUACGGAACCAGCAUUGAAGCCGUAGAAGUGGUGUCAGAUUCUGGAAAGCGAUGCAUCCUUGAUAUUGAUGUUCAAGGAGCAAGAUCUGUUAGGGCAAGCCCUCUGGAUGCAGUUUUUGUAUUCAUAUGUCCCCCAUCCAUGGAUGAGCUUGAACAUCGUCUUCGUGCAAGAGGGACCGAGUCUGAGGAGCAGAUCCUGAAAAGACUCCGCAAUGCAAAGACUGAGAUCGAGCAAGGGCAAUCCUCCGGCAUCUUUGAUCACAUCCUCUCUAAUGACAACCUCGAAGAGUGUUACCAAAGCCUUAAAAAAAUUAUUGGCUUGGAUGGACCUGUGGUUGCUACCCAGAAAAUUGAAGCACCUCUAGGAAUCGAUCUCCCGGAAGAGCAUUCAGUGUCUGUAAUGGAUAAGAAAAUCAUCAUCAACAGUGGAACUGCAGAAGUAGAGAAAGCCUCAAAGAACUUGAUUGUGUUGGAUGUUUCCUCUCUCAAGGGGGGAGCUCCAGGGCGGACGAGAGGGCUUGAGUUGCACGCUAUCGACUCCUUCUCCGACGGCCUGGCCUCGGGUUGCUGACAAGAGAAGAUCCCCCCCCUGAAACUAACUGGAAUACUGACAUGCUGUUUGUUUCUUCGUCUAUUCAAAAUGAAAUUUCCGAUUUGUGUCGUCAUUUCUUAUUUAUUUACUAAGUGGGAAAUAGCAGCAUCGACAGAAAACUCUUUGAUAGACCACCUGAAAUUUUCUUCACAUAAUAAUUUGCAUAUCUUGGUUCUUUAUAGCUUGCUGGUUUCCUUCCCAUUUCAUUCUUAUCACACUCCCCACCAUCCGCUGAGAGAAACCAUAUUCAGCCCUGUUCCAACUUCCUUAGUUGCUUGCUUCUGGCUAACUUUUUUCAACCGGUCGAUCAGCUUCAGCUCAAUGAUCGAGUGGCUGUGAUAUGCGUUAAGGCAAACACACCAUGAUCGCUCAUUCUGAUCAACAAUCGUCGAAUCGCGCCCGAAUCGAACAACUGUGAAGGCAUAUAAGCUUGGUGGUCAUACCCUUACCCUGUUAUUCCUCAACUGGAAAAGCUUGAAUUCGUUACCUUUGUGGGGGUUGAUGCAGACGUGGGGAUUGAAAAGCACACUGUUCUUUUCUUUUUUUUCAAUGGCGUGUAGUGUUGAGAUGUCUAGAUUGGAUUGGUGGUGGUGGUGGGGAGAGCAUCGCAUCUUUCAUGUCGACUUUUAGCGGAUUGCGUAAAAGAGUCGGCAGAUCCUUCCCCUGCUUUUAUGCAAUUGGUGGGUUUUUGAAAUUGGGACCUCAAAAUUAUCCCAUGAAAUGAAAUGAAAUGAAAUGGACCCAUUUAGCUACAGAAUACAUAGGUUGGUUGGUCAAGUUGUGGUAGGGCAUCGGAUUUAGCAGGAAGCAGGUGGACUGAUUCUCUUGUCUGGUUCUUGUUGUGUCAUCAAGUAGCCGUACCACUUGCCCGGUUAAACCAUUCAAAUUUGAUUUGAACUCAACAUGAAAAUAGAAUCCAAUGGAACCUUAAUCCACUAGUUAGCAACUGUUUUUGUUUCUUUAAAAUCACUGAUAAUAAGUGAUUAGCAACUUGGUGAAUCAAAACUCGAACAAAAGUGUAUACAGGGGAAGUUCCCACCUCGAGGUUAGACACGUCUUAGCGUAGAUGAUUCUAUCUUUCUUUCGUUCUUUCUCAUUGCAUUUGUUGUCAGGCUGGAAGAUGAUACAAUUGCUCAGGAUGGAUUGACGAGGAUCAAGAAUGAUUUGUCUACAGGAAGAAAAGAAAGUUGUUGAUGUUUUAUUUUAGUGUUAAAAACUUACCGAAUUCGUCGCAUUUAUGCGAGUGGCAGCCGUACGAGAGCUACGUAGUGGUUGAUGUGAAGUUUGUCUUCAACAUACUUUACGCCGAGUGUGGCUCAAUAAAAAAAAAAUUUAUUCAAAGAAAAUUUUGUGCAUUGAAUGUCCACCAAAUCAAUAAUCACCAUACUACUCUCAAUUGUCAUAUUAUUCGAAUUUGAUGCUCCAUCGAUGCUAUAAAAUAUUUUAUUUUAC